AUGACAUGCUGCGAAGGAUGGACGUCCUGCAAUGGCUUCUGCCUGCUGGCCCUCCUCCUGGCAGGGGUGGUCCUCAACUCCAUCCCUCUGGGCAUCAACUUAGUUGAGGAGGAUACAAUUUUUCAAAACCCCAUCUCUUGCUAUGAGUGGUGGUUCCCGGGAAUUAUCGGAGCAGGUUUGAUGGCCGUUCCCGCAACCGUGAUGUCCUUGGCAGUGAGGAAGCGGGGAUGCUGCAACAACAAGACCGGGAUGUUUCUGUCAUCACUUCUGAACGUAAUCACAGUCAUUGGGGCUCUGUACUGUGUGUUGGUAUCGGUCCAGGCUCUCGCAGAAGGCCCUCUUAUAUGUAACUCUCAAGUCAACAAUACUGCCAACUGUGAAUUUUCACUGAAAAACUUAACUAACAUCAAUUUUGAAUCCUUCCGUCUGGAAUGGUUCUUGAAUGAUUCCUGUGUGUCUCCUACUGGUCUCACAAAUCUCAACAGUGACGAUAUGGCCACCAGCUGGAAAAUCCCUAGCUCCAAUUCUAAAGAAGACAGAUACAGAAUCUUCCACUUUUCAGUGUUUUUGGGCCUACUGCUGGUCGGAAUUCUUGAGGGCCUGUUUGGCCUUAGCCAGAUAGUCAUUGGUUUCUUGGGCUGUCUGUGCGGAGUCUCUGAGCGAAGAGGCCGAACUGUGUAG